AGGAAAUGGAUUGUUGUAAAUAAUGGAAUGGGCACCUGAAAGUUCGCGAGAGGAAGAGGGAGUUGGUUUCAUCGAUUCCAUUUUUGGAGUGGUUUGGGAUAUUCAUAUAUCAUGCGCGUUCUCUCCCAGUCAUUGCCAUGCCUCUCCUCUUCUCUUCACACUACUCACACUCAAACCUAUCACUGUCGCUUCUCUUCUCCCCCUUCUUUUAUCUUCACACACCACAGACGCUCUCACUUUCUCACUCCAUGCUCUUCCCUCAGACAGACAGAGAGCAAAAAGCAACAGCUACGCAAAAUCGACACUGCCCCAUCUGGCUUAAAGCGCUUGUUUAACCCCACCGGUGAUGGGGAUGGGGACAAGAACGAGACCGAGUUCGACUUGGAGGAUGGCACCGCCUUGAAGGGCACCCUUUUGGCCGGUGUAUUGCUUGUCGGUAUUGUUGGUGGUUUUGCCUCCGUUGGCUAUAUUUACAAGGACCAAAUCAAUUCCUUCUUGAGCAACUUCUCCGUCUUCAUCGAAGGCUAUGGUCCAGCUGGAUAUGCUUUAUUCGUUGCGGUUUAUGCUGGAUUGGAGAUCCUUGCGAUUCCUGCCAUUCCACUAACCAUGUCAGCUGGACUUCUUUUUGGAUCUGUUACUGGCACUAUCAUAGUCUCUAUCAGUGGAACAGUGGCAGCUAGUAUUGCUUUUCUAAUUGCAAGAUAUUUUGCUCGUGAGCGUAUUCUAAAACUUGUGGAAGGAAAUAAGAAGUUUCUUGCUAUUGACAAAGCAAUUGGAGAAAAUGGCUUCAGGGUUGUGACCCUACUUCGUUUGAGUCCUCUACUGCCAUUUUCUUUGGGGAAUUAUUUAUAUGGAUUAACGUCUGUUAAAUUUAUUCCAUAUGUAUUGGGAAGUUGGUUGGGGAUGCUUCCUGGAACAUGGGCUUAUGUUAGUGCUGGUGCUUUUGGAAGAGCAAUAAUUCGAGAUGAAACUGAACUAAAUAUAUUUGGAGGAAACAGUCAGCUGCUAACUCUUGGGCUGGGACUGUUGGCCACUGCAUUAGCUGCUGCAUAUGUCACAAGACUUGCAAAGGAUGCUAUAAAGGACAUCGAAUAGAUCCAGUAGAAUGUAGACACACCCCGGCAUUUGUUAAUGAAGACAGGUCCGCAUGAAUGGACGGGAAAACUGAUAUCUCAGUAAAUAACAUUAAUAAUGAUAGAUGAAAGAGAACCAAGGAAAAUGAUAGACCAGUAUAUCCCUUGUAAAUUACAAUAUUCUUAUUUAUGAACUAAGGUAGCAUCAUUUUGUUCUUUUUGCAUUGCCCCCUUACAUGUACGAACAAUUUGCGUGCGUCAUUUAUAAAGUUAUGACGCACUAAUUUCUUAACGGGCAGCGUGGCACAGUUCACAUUUUAUUUAAAAUGCUUCUGUUGUACUUAGCAGAUCAAGGGGAGUCCAUCCAGUCGGUAAACACCUAAAAUAAAUGCUUCUGAACAGUUUCUCGUUUGUUUGGGUUUAGUCCCUAUAGAUUGCCGAAAAAUAAAAAUAAAAAAACUAAUGUAUGCGUUGUUUGU